AUGCAUCAAGAUCCCAAUGACACUAUGCAGUCAGACAUACCUGCAACGCAACCCAUCGUGGAACACGAGCCUCCAAAGGAUAUACCAGAGCCCCCAACACGCAGCCCAGAAGCCAGAAAGCCACCUGAACCACCAAAGCACACAUCAGGGGCCUCAGGAAGCACUUCAGAAGCCAUAAAGCCCACUUCACAUCCCGCGAAGCCCUCCUCAUCAACGCUGAACGACUCACCCUUCACACCACUAUCGAUGCGAGCCCUCUACUACGCCCCAGAAGGAGUAGACAGCGACACACCGGACGGAAUCCCAGAAGGAGAAAUCAGCGAAGCCCUCUCACCCGAAACAAGCACAAGUGUCAUUCGCCAGACUGGAACAAACCUCGUCUUCGACUCCGCCUUCCCAACCCCACAGCCCUCCGCCCAGCAAUACCUGCUGAAGAUCACCACAGCAGCUUUCUGUCACGACGAGAUCCGCCUCGCCAGACUCCUCAACCCCCCAAACACGACACCGCAGAUUCCACUCCACAGUCUCUGCGGGGCAGUCAUCGGCACGCCGCGCGAAGACGACGAGCGGGAAGAAGGCCCGAGAUUCAAAAUCGGCGAUAUAGUCUUCGGUGUAGUAGGCUAUACGCGUGACGGCGGAUCAGCAGACUAUGCAGUUGCGACCGAGGGCGAGCUAGCGCUGAAACCGGAUAAUAUCACCGUUGCUGGGGCGGCGGCGCUUGCGUUGCCGGCGUUGACGGCUUGGCAGGCGCUUUUUCGGUAUGCUGGGCUUGAUCCCGAUGUUCCUGGCGGGCUGGGUGAGGUGGAUGAUGAGUUUGGAAGUGGUGGGAAUGGGAUGGGACGGUGGCUUUGGCAGCGUCAACGCCGCGAGUCCGUACUCGGUAGCAAGAAUUACGGCUAUGGACAUCGCAAAAGCACGGUCGCUGGUAAUGGCGGCAUGCUAAAUGAUACUACCAGUGGUACUGGCAGCGGAGCUGAGAACGGACGUUGGAUUUGGCAGUGGAGUCGCCGCGGCUCUGCACUCAAUGGCAAUGGCAAUGCCAAUGCCAAUGGUACCAUCAGUGGCAAUGGAGGGGAUAUUGAUAACAUCCCUCCUGCUGCUAAAGCUGUCAAUCCCGCUCCCAAUCCUAAGAAUGUGCGUCGCGAGAGCCUGAUCAGUCUCGUUAGCGGUAAUCCCAGUGGCAAGAAAACCAUCCCUCGCGCUGCUAGCACAGUCGACCCCAAUCCCAAGAGUACUGUUCGCCGCAACAGUUUGAUCGGCUUGAUUAAAGGCAGCACCGAUGCUCCAGCCACUCGCGCUUCCAGCACAGUCGAUCCCACUACCAGUGCAGAUGCCAAUGGCAAUACCCGUCGCGGCAGCCUGAUCGACCUAGUCACCGGCAACGCUAGCCCUGGACGGCGUGGUAGUCUGCUAGGGAGUAUAAUUGGCAGCACGAAUUCCAACGGCAACGGGAAGCAAAAACUGCCCAAGAUCCGAGUGCUUGUCACCAACGCCCGCGACAAUGACAUCGGCCGGAUCGCAGUUCAGAUCCUGCGAGCUGAUUCGCUCUUUCCCAUGCCCGUCCGGCCGUGGAUCUGUGUAACCUGCACGCAAGUCGAAGCCGACAUCAUCGAGAAGGACUGGGAAGUGGAUGAGAUAGUCAUCAUCCCGCAUCUCCCUUCGCCGGACGAGUGUAAUAUCGAGAAGGUAUUCCGCGCGCGCCGCUGGCAGCCGGUUGAUAUCGUGCUCGACUGUGCUGGCGGGGAAAUAUUCCGGGCGGCUCAUGCUGAGGGUGUGGUUAAGGACUACGGGGCUGUGUUGACUGUUGUGGAUGGCCAAGUUGCGCAACAGUCUCCACUUGUUCCUGAAAAGGAUUUGCUGGGUGAGAGGAAGCGUGGGAUCAAGAGUCGGUUUGUGCCUGUUAAUCCUGAUGGGCCAGCUAUGGAGCGGAUUGCGGAGUUGGUGGAAGAGGGACUGAUUCGUGGGAAAGAGAUUACUAUAGUCGAUCUUUCCCGUGCGGCAGAUCUUUUGGCUUCUGGAGCUGCUGCGACGGCGGGGAGUCGGCGUGGUGGGAUGGUGGUUGUUAGGGUUAAUAAUAUCGCCUGUACUUAG